AUUGGGAGAUCGUUCACACGGCGGGCGUAAACGAAGCUAAACAUUGCGGAAAUAUUACGUGUUAUGGUUUCACUUUGUCAAUUUCCUCGAUCGUAGAGCUUCAUUCAUUCACUCGAAAGGUUCCAGUGGUUCAACUCAAACAGUUGACUUCAAUAAUGGGAAACAUAAAAGAUGAAUUGAAGGUGCAGUUUCAACAGAUCUGUGACCAGGCUGUAGAUGCCGGCAUAACCGCAAAUGAUCUAUCAUGUUUCCAGAUCGUACAGAGGAUAAACAAGAUAAAAAAACCUACCAAGAAAUCUAAACUACUGCCUGCUGUCAAGGUGGUCUUUAUUUCUCUUUUGAUGGUACUGACGGCUCUUGCUACUUUUGAAGUAGCGAUCGUCUGGUCAAAACCAACAGGAUACCCCUUAGUGGAAAGCUACCACGAGAAAUUGACAACGUGGAUGUUCGAGAACUUCUGGGAUGUCAAAACAGAUAAAGAACCAUGCAUCAUUGAGAUGUCAGAGUUCAUGCAGGAUUUGUUCCGUCCACCAGUUGAUUGCAGCAUAUGUCGUAACGUUACACAAAUAGAUCGCAUGUCCAAUUUAACCCCCGAAGUAUUCACUAGAAUCUAUGCUUACAGUUCAAGGCCUGUUGUGAUAUCAGAUGGAAUGCGCGGCUGGACUGCCCGUGAACAUUUUAGUUUUGAGUUCUUUAAAAGUGUGUAUUCUGAAGACAGCCCAGCCCUUGAAAAUUUUGAGAACGAAUGCCAGUUCUUUCCAUACAAAACUAACUUUUCCUGCUUGGGAGAAGUUUUCAAUAUGUCUGAAGAAAGGGCCAAGGAACCUUGGUAUAUUGGAUGGAGUAACUGUGAUUCUCAGGCAGCAAAUAUUCUGAGAGAGCAUUACAAGCGGCCGUACUUCUUGCCCCAUGAUUCCGAAUCCAGUAAAACGGAUUGGAUAUUUAUGGGUACUCCAGAUUACGGUGCUCAUUUACAUAUUGACUCUGUUGAGAAUCCUUCUUGGCAGGCUCAGGUUAAAGGUCACAAGCUGUGGACACUUGAGCCUCCCCCGGAGUGUUACUUUGAGUGCCCCAGGCAGUUAGAAAUCACUGUUCAUCCAGGAGAAAUUAUUGUUCUGGAUACAAACCACUGGUUUCACAAGACUUUGAUUGUGGAAGAUGAACUGAGUAUUACGAUUGGUUCAGAGUAUGAUUAAAAACCAUAAUCAGAAAAGUAUAUAAUAGACAAUAGAUUAAAAUUAUUUAUAGGCUACGAAUCCUUUGCUAAAUACGGUAUUGUUGUGUGCAUCUGGGAGAUCCAAUUCUUCACCAGUACUUCCCCUUAAAUUCCUUGUAUUUUCCGAUUUACAAAGUGAUUACUUACCUACUUACUUAAUCCGAGUCCUGAGCGGGACAUAAGGUGUCAACGAUCUUCUUCCAUCUGGAGCGUUCCAUGCCACACCCACCUUCUUCAGCUCGGCCAUCACAUUACGUCUCUGGGUGGUCCUAGACCUCCCUGCCUUUCUUUUUCCAGGUGGUGUCCAUCUAAGGGCAGUCUUGGGAAUACGGUUUUGGUCCAUUCUGAGGACAUGCCCAAGUCAUUGCAUUCUUCAGAGCUUGAGCACCAUGAUUCUCUGGCUCUGUUUUUUUCUUGUAGAUUUAUUUACAAGGUGAUAGCCUAAUAAUAUUAGGUCAUGGACCUACUAUUACUGUAUUUUGAAUAUUGCAAGAAAAUAAGCAAGUUUAAUUUACAUUUUGCCGUGCAGUAAGCAAUGCCAAUCAAAUAUGAAAUGCAUUAAGAAUUUUCAUUUUGAGUAUAACUGUUUCAACUUGUUAUUUCGUAUAUAAAGAGUGGCCAUACAUAUUGAA